AUGGCCGAACAAACGGGCUCUAUCCCCGCGUACAAGACAGCGUUCUUGAACUCGUGCUUGUCUGCGAAUGUUCUGACUUUUGGGUCUUUUACUCUUAAGUCUGGUCGGCAAUCCCCUUACUUCUUCAACGCCGGAUCUUUCCACACCGCACCUCUCGUCUCUGCGAUCUCGACCGCUUACGCUCAUACAAUCAUUAACUUCCUUCGUGAAAACCCUUCCGUUCCUAAGCCGGAUAUUAUCUUCGGUCCCGCAUACAAAGGAAUUUCUCUCGCAUGCUGCACCCUUCUCGAGCUCUACCGUAUCGAUCCGCAGACCUGGUCGGAUGUUUCCUACAGCUUCAAUCGCAAAGAGAAGAAAGACCACGGCGAAGGUGGUGGUAUUGUUGGCGCUGCGCUGAAGGAUAAGAAUGUUCUUGUGAUUGAUGAUGUGAUCACCGCUGGGACUGCGAUGAGGGAGACGAUUGACCUCGUCAAGAAGGAGGGUGGAAAGGUCGUUGGGUUCGCGGUCGCGCUGGACCGCGGUGAGAAGAUGCCUGGGCCGAAGGAGAAGGGGGGUAUUGAUGAUGGAGAGCCCAGGAUGAGCGCUAUGGGCCAGAUUCGACAGGAGUAUGGGGUGCCGACGGCGAGUAUCGUUACGUUGGAUGAUUUGAUUGAGUUGUUGAAGGCGAAGGGUAACAAGGGAGAUUUGGAGAGGAUGGAGGAGUACAGGAGACGGUACCGCGCCAGUGAUUAA